AUGCCUCGAGGCCCAGGAAGGGAUUCACCUUCAAAUAACCGUUCUGGGUUCGGAGGAGCUGUAGCGCGGUUUUACCAACGCACCUAUGCGGGUGAUUACGUCGCACUGGGAUGUCUCAUGGCAGGAUGGUUAAUGAUCCCAAUUCUCGUCAAUCCUUUUCACCGCAUGUUUUCCCUCGAUAACAAGUCCAUCCAGUAUCCUAUGGCCGCACACGAACGAGUCCCUAUCAUUUGGGCUAUAAUUUUGGCUGGUGUGAUUCCAUUGGGCAUAAUCCUUACAUGGUCAGCUGUUUCGCGCCCUGGCGUACAGCAAACCCAGGCGACGGUACUUGGAUUGCUCGUGUCGCUCAUCCUCGGCACAUUUUUGACCGAUAUAAUCAAAAACGUGGUAGGCAGGCCUCGUCCUGAUCUACUGGCGCGGUGCAAGCCGGCUCGGGGUACGGCAGACAAUGUGCUUCUCACGUGGACUGUUUGUACAGAGCCCAACCAAGCGCUCCUCUUUGAAGGAUGGCGCAGCUUCCCAAGUGGACACAGUAGCUUUUCUUUCAGUGGGUUGGGCUACUUGACUCUUUUCUUCUGCGGCCAGAUGCGUGUCUUCCGGCCUCGCUCAGAUCUCGGUCGGUGUCUGAUCUCCUUCACCCCCCUAUUCUGCGCUCUAUUAGUCGCGUUGUCACGUCUAGCGGAUUACAGACAUGAUGUAUGGGAUGUGACCUGUGGUGGACUUCUAGGUAUGGCGGUAGCUUGGUUUUCAUAUCGUCGUUACUAUCCGUCUCUGUGGUCGGUUCGCUGCGAUGUUCCCUAUGAUAAGGCCGACUAUAUAAGCCAGGAAAAUUUUGGUAGAUCGGAUGAAGAGCAAGGACUGGCGCGACCUUUUAUCUCCCACGAUGAACAUAGCCCGGAAGGAUAUCCACUGGAGGAUUUGGAGUCAAUACGAUAA